GAAAGCAUGCCACCGUAUCGAUAUCGUAGCCUUCCAUCGUUCGAUCUAGUGACCCGAGCAGUGUCCACAGCAGAUUGUCGUCUACUUCAUUGCGUUGGUUGGCUGUGAAAAGAAACGUGCAGGAAUGUUGUGUGUAUAGGCUAGGUAUCUCUUCACCGCAACACCAUCAAAGCAACCAUCGUCACAUUUCGGGAGAAGUGUGUAGUGUUUGAAAGGUAGUUUUUAUAGUUUGAGAUCAGCUUUCGUGAUGGCGUUGAGUGUUGAGCCUAGUGAAACAUUAUGGGAAACCCCCGGGAAACCUUUUCCAGAGCAAUCGGCCUGUGCCGAAUCGUAUUCGCUUAUGUUUUUUAUAAAAUUUUUGGAGUUAGAUAAUCGUGAUGAAAACGACCAGUUCACUGUGUCCCUUCAUUGUGUUGGUGACGGUGACAGUGUUACCGGGACAUUGGCCGUUUUGAACGCUGAGAAACCAGGUGAUGUUGUGAGCCUGCAAGCAGACAAGGAAAAGUUUAUUCGCUUCCUGAAAGAAAAUUCCAUAAACGUACGCAUCAAGCCGAACGACUCCACCGUUUACAGAGGCGUGCUAAACCUAAAGAGCUCGAACGUAAUAGAUUUCGAUUCCACUGCAGAAGGUGGUAAACCGGUGGAAGAGCAAUUUCCCGUACAUGAUGGCAACAACGAAGUGGUGGGAAUGAUAACGAUGGUACUGCAAGUCGUUCAUAAUGCUGCAGUUCAGGAUCCCGAUAUUAUCUAUCGCAUAAACGACAACAAGCUUAAACCGGCUGAUAGACAGGAAGCGGAACUUCGUCAACUGCUCGUCUGUACCGAAUGUAGCAUGCCACGAUCCUCCAAUGGGUCGGGUUGUGAGUACGAGAUCUUGGAUGGAAUUUUGCAUCGAAAGACAGUAUCCAGCACGGAGAAAAUAAUCGAACAAAUCAAGGAGAAGAUUAACCGAGUUAAGCUGGACGAAGCUAUUGGUCAAAGGGACUCAAUGCCGAAUAAUGGCUAUGAAACAAACUGUAAAUUCUGUGCUGAAUGUGGUGGAAUGAGCAUUACUGGCGAAACAUGCAAAUCCGCUGCCGGUUUGCGAUCCAGCCGAACGUUACAUGAACUUCCAGAGUGUCGAAAAGGCGCUUGUACCGGUGUAGAUGCUUCUACUGCACCAGCUCUCAACAAACGUACUUCAGAAAUAUCGAUGCGAUGUUGUGAACGUUGCAAGGCCUGUUUAGAUUGGUUACCCUUCGAGUGCUGUUGUCCAAAGUGUGGCUACAAACCGCAAAAAGCAGAACCAUUGGCAAAGUCUGUUUUGCCACCCCUCUUCACUGUAUCGUCCGAAUUAGAACCGUCGCCCAAUAGAAAGUCACCAUCUCUGCACGAUUCGGACACGAUGGUAGCCUCUUCACAAUCGUGUCGAUUGUGUCACAUUUGCCAAACUCGUUGUAUCGAUUGUGCUAAUCAAAUGUGCCAGAAGGGAGAUUGUAAAAAUUCCAGCUCGUACAGCAGUUUUCUUCAUCGGCCUAAAAAUGUUGUCGAUCCAGCAAAGGUUAGUGCAAGACCUGUUACCCGGCGCCCGUGGCGUAAAGGUCGACCAUCCUUCGGACCGAAACCAGCGCCGGUAAAACUUCAAUCGACCAAAGGCAAACGUACGGAAGAGAUGAAACAAGUGUACGGUGGAAAAGUAAUGAAAGAUUCAAAAAAUCAGCCACAAUCGACUGCCGAUGGCAAAGAGUGUCUCACUGCGGGACAGAUUCGCAAAAAUUACAAUGCAAACAUACGGAAAAUUAAGCGCCAGAAUCGUAAACUGUACUCGUACCGAUUCGGAAAGCGUCAUCCCGGUAUUGUGGUUGGUCACCGUACGUGCAUGAAACAGGAACCUCUCGUGCCAUCCCAUAUGGGUUGGCAGUGGGACAUAUGUCCGCCGGGAAUAGACAAGCGACGACCUGGCUGGCGUCCGGGUGCGGUACGGCAACCCAUAAAACAAUUGAUGCAACAUUUUCUCAAAUGCUACCCAAUGGACAAUGUACCAGUUUCGAAGAAAAAAACUGUCGGUUUCCGCACUGACGAUCCUGAAGAAGGUGACCCAAAGCAAAAACCCACACUACACAUCACAAAGCAGCAAGGUGUAUAUACGAUAACGAUGAAUCCACUCAAGGACGCGGACACGCUCAAAACUACGGACAAUCCCUACCUACCCUGUAAACCGAUUAAGUUCAAGCUCGCCAAAGAUCCACAGCGCACGAAGUUGUAUCAGUUGCGGGAUAUACUGAAGCGCAAAGCUCUCCCAGUCUGCGGCUGCAAGGAUCUAACGAACUGCGACCAUUGUACAGAGAGGGAGAAACGUCUUCUAACCGAGGAGAUACGGCGCUCGGCCAAGGUCCUGGGACUCCCGGCGAAAACGUCCAUCGGGGAUGUACCAAGCGAUAGUGAAAGUGAGCUUGAUGUAGAAUUCACACCUCCAUCGGCUAUUAUCCGACCGGACAUUCGGAAGCCCGACGUUGUGGUGGCUGAAACGCAGUACAACGUUCAGGACUUUCAGCUCAAACCUGUAUCCGACGGAAAGGACGUGAAAUCUAAAGCUUCCGUACGUGGUGGAGUCUUCGGAGCGGGUUCGAAAAAUGGGACCCAAAAAGGAGGACCGGGAAAAAAGGCGGCUGUAGGUGGACCGGCCGGGGCGAACAAUAAAGUUCGUAUAUCGGUCGCAAAAGCGAAAGGAGCCGGAAGUGCAGCAAAGGGUAACGAACGCACCGGAAAGGGCAGCAAAAAUACGUCCGGGGCUUUGCCGCAAUCCACCCAAGGACAGCAGGGACGACCACGGCAAAGCGGUGCUGCUGUUGGAAAAGGUGCGGGCAACCGCUCCAAUCAACGCUCCACCAACGGUAAGAACACCGGCAACAGCAACAGCGCCCAGAUUCACGUUCAGCAGAGGAGUACCCUAUCAAAGCCGAAAGCAAUCGAUAUGGACAGUGCGUUAGUUUGCCGACGAGAACCAACUGGACCGCAGAGUCUAGUGGUAGGUUGUUGCCCAACGGUCGCUGUCUGCUGCUAUCCAACACAAUGCUUACCUUAAGCACUGAACUCAUCACACCGUCCAUCGACUUUUGAAUCGGGAUCGAUAGGAAGGGUAUCGCAAAAUUUAUUUCGACCUGUGAAAUAGGAGUGUAAAGGAAAGGGUUUCAAAAUUUUAUUUAUGCAAAAUUUAACUAGCUGAUCGGGAAAUGCAAAGAACUAAGGAUCAUCAACCUA